GUCUUCUGAUUGAAAGUUCCCUGAAAUCCUGCCUUUCCAUUGGAUACCAGCCAGGUUUUCCCCAUCAAAUUGCCCUGCCAAUCAUGCUGCUUUUCUUACCUGCACCUUGCCCGGAGAGGCAACUGACCAGAUGCGACCUGCCCUGCAGUGCCUGCAGUUGUCUCUGUGUCUUUCUUCCAGUUCGAGAAGGUCAGCACCGUGGGAUAUUUCGACGCCACCAUGCAGGUUGCUCGCUGGAGAUUUCCUGCGAGGGAGUAUCAUCCUGCACACAACUCCUGAAUUCGCAUUCGCUGCGUUCUCUGCAAGCAUGCAAGGAUCGGGGGGGGUCCAGCAGAACCUCAUCCGACCGCCCAUGCGACGCAAACCAGAACCAGCUGCCUUGCCAGUCCCACGUAAUCCUUAACCUUACCCUUUGAAGCUCGGUAGUGCUCUCGUUUUAG